GCCGUGUACGGCAAGGAUCGGGACACGUUUGUCGGCAAGGCGAACGAGCUCCUCGAAGCUAUUCGCAUCAAGAGGAUCGAUCAGACAAGACGAUACUCCUGCUGGGGCACAGCAUGGGUGGGCUGCUGAUCAAGCAGGCACUGAUCAACGCACAUAACAACCUAAAGUAUACGCCUAUCAAGGAUGCCACCUCGGGUCUGGCCUUCUUUGCCACACCGCACAAUGGUGGAGACUGGAAGCUGGUGAGCCUGGGCGGCCUCGCGGCGAAGAUAGCCACGUCGGCAGGAUUUCAGAAGGGCGACGACGUGCUGGAGACGCUGAAGGCAGGCAGCAUCUUCUCGGACAUUAUGCAAGAACACUGGAGGCACCAGCUCCUGAGAUACGACAUUAUCUCGUUCUGGGGAUCUCAAGAUGGAGUUGUUCCCAAGGAAAGCGCACGGUUGAGCCUUCCCGGCGACCGCGAGAAUGUUGUGAAGUUGAACGCAGACCACUCCACCGUCUGCAAAUUUGGAGACGCCCAGGCGGACAAGGACAAUUUCGAGCUGGUGCAGGUCAACAUUUUCGACAUAUACAACAGUGCUUUGAAGAACAGUGAGUUGAAGCCGACUCCUAGUGCAGUGCCUCAGAAGAAGGAUGAAGAGGCCAAUGAGACAGAGGAUAUGCUGCAGAAGAGGUUCGCGAAACUGGGACAGCGUUCAUAACGAUGGGCCACACAAGUGUGUGAUCAGGAUCUUCGCGUGUGCAAUAAAAUGUCAUGUAGCAGCAUCCAUACCGUUUCGAAAUAUCUUUUUACAACCUG